GCGCUAUUCACACGUGCGACACACAGUUACAGAAAAGCAGAACAAGUGUUUGUAAAUUCACCGUUUAAUGCUACUUAUGCUAGGAAAAUUACUAAAAUUAAUAAUCGCCUGUUAAAAGAGAUACUAUUUGAGAUUACAUUUCUCCUGGCUUUAUGUCCUGACGGAUUUGCUGUCACGGAGCGUAAACAUUGCGUCAGCAAAACAUCCAACAGCAACUACAUGUGCCGGGUUUUGUGGAUGUAAGAGUGAGAGUUUACAGGUGAAUCGUAACAUCCCUCAGCUAAGACACAUUUAACGAGGAUUGGCAUUAUGGAGGAAAAAGAGCUGGUUGAAUAUUUCCGAACACAGACCAGAGAACAUCCAGAUGUGGCUUCAGCUGUGGCCGCUAUCCGCUCACUGCUGGAGUUCCUGAAGAGAGAUCAGAGUGAGACUAUCCUUGGCCUGAGAGAGAACAUGACACAGGCCAUACACCAACUGCAGGAGACCGAUUCAUCGGUUGCUGUGUCUUCUGGUGGAGAGCUCUUCCUGCGCUUCAUCAGUCUCACCUCACUGGAACAUCCCGAUCUCUCGCAGUGUAAGAAGGUGAUGAUAGAAAGAGGCGAACUGUUCCUGAAGAAAAUCUCUCUUUCCCGGGGCAAAGUGGCAAAACUUUGCCACACAUUUAUUAAAGAUGGUGCUAAGAUCUUGACACAUUCAUCAUCUAGAGUCGUGUUAAAGGUCCUGGAAAACGCAGCCGCAGAUAAUAAACGCUUCACAGUUUAUGUUACCGAAUCGCAACCAGAUUCAGCGGGUAAACGUAUGGCUGAAAAACUGCGCAGUCUCAAUAUACCCGUCACAAUUGUACUGGAUGCUUCGGUUGGCUACAUCAUGGAGAAAGUUGAUCUGGUGAUUGUUGGAGCUGAAGGUGUUGUGGAGUCUGGAGGGAUCAUCAACAAGAUUGGCACCUAUCAGAUGGCAGUUUGCUCCAAAGCCCACAACAAACCAUUUUACGUGGUGGCAGAAAGUUUUAAGUUUGUGCGACUCUUCCCCCUUAACCAGGAAGAUGUACCCGAUAGAUUUAAGUAUAAAGCAGAUAUCCUGAAGAAAGGGAAAGAUCUGAACCAGGAACAUCCAAUGAUUGACUACACACCUCCGUCACUCAUUACAUUACUCUUCACUGAUCUCGGGGUGCUGACACCAUCAGCUGUCAGCGAUGAACUCAUCAAACUCUACCUAUGAUCAUCACAACAUGACAUGACCUUUGUGGAUUUCAAAUGAUCCUGUAUAGUUGAUGAGUAAUUAAUUUGAUAUUAAAUUAUCUUGUUUAAAUCUA